AUGCUCAAUAAUAAAUGUAUUAAAUACGUUGCCAUUUUAAGCGCUUUUCUAAGUUUCUUCAAUGGGUUUGCAAAUGCGGUUCCAAAGAAAUCCUAUGCCGCUUCUUCAGUAGAACUGAUGAAACUUCUUGAGGUUGAAGAUGAGCUGGUCGAGAAUCUUAACAGCUACGUGGGAAAACUGAAGAAAAAGCUUUACUUAUUGGAGAAGUCCCUAAAAAAUAUGAAAGAUGAGCACAACCAGAUGAGGGAUGACUACGAGACUUAUUUAGGGAAUCCUGUGAACAGUUUUCGCCUGAUACAUCGUCUACAUACGGAUUGGAGAAAAUGGCAUCAUUAUACUUCAAAAUUCGAUAGGGAUGAAUUAGGACACAUUGAAAAGGCCCAUCAAAUGCGAAAAAGGCUGCCCACAUCCUUGGAUUUGGAACACGCAUCCCGCGGAAUAGAUGACCUGAUAUCUUUUUAUGACCUAAGGCCGGAAGAACUGGCAGCUGGUAAUUUGGCAGGAUACUUAAAUCCAGAAACAGCAAUGUCAGCUCAGGAUUGUUAUGCAAUGGGCGAUUUCAGCAUGAGAGACAGAAAAGAAGAUCAAGCGGAAGAAUGGUUCAAGGUCUCCUUGGCCCAAUUCAAUGAAAAUAAACCCCUAUACAAAGUCAAUCACUUUAUCAGAUUUUCCAUCCACAGGACGUGGGCAGUUCUCCUGCUAAAAAACCAAGAUCUUUCUGGCGCAACAUAUCAAUUUGAACAGCAACCAAAAGAAUCAGAUAACAACCAACUUUCCCAAUGGAUUGCUGAGGAGAUAAUGACAAAAAAGAGCUGCCGCGCAAUCUACCAAAAACCAAGUCGACUGCACUGCCGUUACAACAACUCUACCACUCCUUUCACUCGGAUUGCCCCAAUAAAAAUGGAGGAGCUUAGUACCGAUCCUUACAUGGUGGUUUUCCACGAUGUGAUCUACGACAGCGAAAUUGAUGCGAUGCUAAACUCAAGCGAGUUUUCCUUAUCCCUUGUUGAUUCGGGUCAGAAGUCCGAUGUGAGGAGCUCCAAGGACUCGUAUAUUGAUGUAGAUGACGAAUCGCUCGAGGAUCGGGUGAGAGAUAUGACUGGCCUAAGUUUGGAAAUGAGCGAUGCGUUCUCGCUAAUUAACUACGGAUUAGGUGGACACUAUACAUUGCACACCGACUAUCACAAUUACUUUAACCAGACUCGGUGGAUAAAAGGGGAUCGCUUAGCCACAAUAUUGUUCUACCUAGGAGAAGUCGAAUCUGGUGGGGCCACCAUCUUCCCGUUGAUCAAUGUUUCCGUUACGCCCAAAAAAGGAUCGGCUGUCUUUUGGCACAAUCUUGACAACUCCGGCGACAUGAAUAUUAGGUCGCUGCACUCGGGUUGUCCAGUGAUAGUUGGUUCCAAAUAUGUGCUCACCAAAUGGAUAAACGAGCUGCCGCAAAUGUUUUCCACUCCCUGCAAACCUCGAACCCCCUAA